CCUCUUCCUAGAGAUGCUGCCUGGCCUGCUGCGUUCACCAGCAACUUUGAUGUGUGUUGCUUGAAUUUCCAGCAUCUGCAGAAUUCCUGUUGUUUAUCGAUUUGCGCAUGCGCAAUUCCGCCAACUUCUUCGUAGCGGACCGUUCUUCUACGCCAGAGAUAAAACGUGUCUCCUCCGAAGGAGAUGCAACCUGAGUCCGAGGAUCCAUCGCUGCAGUGGGCCUUUUUUUCCUUUCCGUCUCGCGGCGACUUCACAACAGCAGACUUCUUCUGUUGCGAUUUACGAGGCAUAUCGUAAAAUAGUCUUGAGAAGUUUAUAAGUAGUUUCCGGAAAGUAUUUAUUAACUUUGCUUUGUUUAAACGGUACUUUGCUGAUUUUUUACGGGAGAGCUGGAUUCAUACGUCUCAAUCCCAGGUCAUCUCGUGACCCCCCCCCCCCCACGGUACCGUUUCCCGGAUGGUAGCAGCGGGAACAGUUUGUGGUUGGGGUGACUCGGGUCCCCAAUGAUCCUCUGGGCCCAUUUUACACACCUGUCUUUGUAAAUGACCUGAAUAGUGGUAGGUUCACAACUACAGAUGCGCUGGUCGGUCCACACCACUCUCUGCGGAGUCCUUCAAUUGAGGGAAGUACAGUUCCCAUACCAGGCAGUGAUGCAGCCGGUCAGGAUGCUCUCAAUUGUGCCCCUGUAGAAGGUUCUUAGAAUCUGGGGGGCCCACACCAAACUUCUUCAACCGUCUGAGGUGAAAGAGGCGCUGUUGUGCAGGUAUAUACCGACCACGUGAGAUCCUCGGUGAUGUGUAUGCUGUGACGAAAGCCCGUCACUGAUUACGGACAGCACAUAGCGCACUCAGUAAAACACUCAUCCCCAGCAGUAACAGACACUGGGUCUGAAACAGAGCUGUCUCAUCUGGAGGCAGCAGCAACCUGCACAGAUUCAAAGAUGGCAAAGAAGCUGCUGCUCCUAGACGUCGACUGUGGCGUGGAUGACGCCCACGCAAUAAUGAUGGCUCUCGCAGCUCCUCAGGUAGAAAUCCUGGGUGUAACAUGUUGUUAUGGAAACACGACAGUUGACAAUGUGUGCAGGAACGUGCUCCGGGUGCUUAAAAUUUGCUGCAGGUCAGAGAUUCCCGUGUACCGAGGUGCCGUUUCCCCUCUCAUUAAAGAUGGGUCCGUUGCGGAUAAUUACCACGGCAAGGAUGGUCUGGGUGACGUUCCUGACCCCGACGCUCCAGGGCUGGAGAAUAUACAAGCCGAACAUGCGGUUAAUGCCAUGAUGCGGAUUGCAACCACAUAUGCUGGCCAGGUCUCUCUUGUGGCAACUGGACCCCUGACAAAUGUUGCCCUGGCUUCUAAAAUGGAUCCCAUGUUCCCAUCGAAGUUAAAACAUUUGUACAUCAUGGGGGGAAAUAUGGAAAGCAGAGGGAAUGUGACAAUGUGUGCUGAAUUUAACUUUGCAGCUGAUCCCGAAGCAGCUUGUAUCGUCUUGAAUUAUUUUAUGUGUCCCACCCACAUCAUCACUUGGGAAUAUUGCCUUCGCCAUCCUCUGCCUUGGGCAUUUUUUCAGGAGUGGGUAAAUCAAGGCACGGAGAAGGCUUCCUUCCUGAAGAAGAUAACGGCACACAGUGAAAAAAUUGCCAAGGCCCUGCAGGAAAAGGGAGUGAUGUAUUUUUCACCUGGCUUUGUCACCUGUGAUUCUUAUGCAAUGGCUACAGCAAUAGAUGAGAGUGUUGUUACUGAACACACCGAGGCUGGAGUGAGUGUGGAGUUACAGGGGUCACUGACCAGAGGGAUGAUGGUCCUGGAUAAACGAAACCUAAUGAAAAAACAAAAUCAAGCUUUCAUUACAACAAAAUGUGAUGUGGAGAAGUUUAAGCAACUUCUAAUGUCUGCUGCAAAAUGAGCAUCCUUUAAAAGCAAUAUUAGCAACGUAGUCUCUUACUGACUUAGCAAAGUGCUUACUUCACUUCUCUGCCCUUUCCUUUCUUGUUUCCUCCUGAAUGGACUGGGAAGUCCCAAUCCACCUCAAUUUCUUUGUAACCUGACCGAGUUGUUUCUCCUCUUCCAUUGACUGUUGUGCCACCACCAAAUUUGACUCUGUCCUUGCUCAGCAUUCUAGUCAGGUUCUAAUGUUCAAAGAAAAUUUUAUUAUCAAAAUUUUGUUAUCAUAGAAAAGCACAGCACAGAAACAGGCCCUUUGGCCCAUCUAGCUCAUGCCAAAAAUAUUUAAACUGCCAACUUACAUUGACCUGCACGGAGACCAUAGUGCUCUAUAGCCCUACCAUCGCUUAAACUUUGAAAUUGAGCUCGCGUGCACCACUUGUGCUGACAGCUCAUUCCACACUCUCACGACCCUCUCAGUGAAGAAGUUUCCCCUCAUGUUCCUCUUAAACUUUUCACCUUUCACCCUUAACCCAUGACCUCGAGUUGUAGUCCCACUCAACCUCAGUGGAAAAAGCCUGCUUGCAUUUACCCUGUCUAUAUCCCUCCCUCAUAAUUUUGUAUACCUCUAUCAACUCUCCUCUCAAUCUUCUAUGUUAUAAGGAAUAAAGUCCUAACUUAUUCAAUCUUUCUUUAUAACUCUGGUCCUCCAGAUCUGGCAACAUCAUUGUAAGUUUUCUCUGUACUCUUUCAACUUUAUUUAUAUUUUUCCUUAUUUACAACCUUAAAGUGUACAACUUGAGAUCGUAACUUUUCUCUCUCUUGGGUUAUUCAGGGAUCUGAUCCACUUCCCUCAUCUCCUUUUACCAUCCUUAAAGCACUCUUCCUGCAUCUCUUCCAUUUGAGUCAGCAAGCCUUUUCUUCCAUAUCCACCCUUGAACUCAUGAGACAUUCAUUUUGAAUUAGCGUCAUGGGGUUAGAAACAAGUUCUUCAGCCCAGCCUGUGUGUCAGCCAAAUUGCCAAACUCAGCUAGUCCUACUGAUCAAAUAAACCACACUGAUCCAGUAAUAACUUGUUAUACUUGACGAUUUGAGAACAGAAGUCAUUUCUGCAGUCCUGUAUAUGUCAGAGGAGUAGACUACAUUUAGAAUGCAAAGUAAUGUCUUUGAAAAAUCCUCCAACAUCCUCUUCCAGAUGACUAUCCCCAGCCCUGAAAUCCCUUGUCACACUCAGUUAACACCAGUCAACAGGCCCGGCAUGUCACUCAGGUACCUUACUCCAAAUGUCUAUCUCAGAGAGAGAUUGUUAAGGAAACAAAGCAAAAGAUUCAAAGGUGCCUUCAAAGCUUUCUUGUUAACUUUCCCAAUGAUUUCUAGUGCAGCUAUUCCAGCCACUGCACCAUAGCACCAGAGAUCUAGCUUCAUUCCUGACCUUGAGGGCUGCCUGGGUGAAGUUUGCAAUGUUUCUCCCUCUGACUGCGUGGCCUUUCUUCCACAUCCCAAAGUUGUGUGGGCUAGUGGUUUAGCUGGUCACUGUAAAUUUCCAUCAGUAUGUUUGAGAGUUGUAGCAGUUCGAACAGCACCUACAAUUGUUCCGGAUUUCAGUUCCUGCUGCUGUCUGUAAGGAGUUUGCCCGAGCUGUCCUUGACCCUGUGGAUUUCCUCCCACACUGGUGAACUGGCUAGGCUUAGUAAAUUGUGGGGAUGUUACGUCAGUGCCAGAAGCAUGGAGACACUUGCAGGCUGCCCCCAGCACAAUCCAUGAACUGUGCUGGUUGCUGACAUAAACUGCCUUUUUUUUUAACGGUAUGUUUUGAUGCUUUGAUGAACAUGUGACAAAUAAAGCUUAACUGUGAUCUUUACUCUUGAGUGGUAGAAUCCAGGCGGUUUAUGAGUGCGCAAAGAGAACAGUAAAAUCCAUGAAAUGGAGGUAGGAGUAGAGUGAAUGGGUGACUGAUGGUCAGCACAGAAAAAGAUCCUACUGAUUAUAGAAACAUAGAAACAUAGAAAAUAGGUGCAGGAGUAGGCCAUUCGGCCCUUCGAGCCUGCACCGCCAUUUAUUAUGAUCAUGGCUGAUCAUCCAACUCAGAACCCAGCCUUCCCUCCAUACCCCCUGACCCCUGUAGCCACAAGGGCCAUAUCUAACUUCCUUUUAAACAUAGCUAAUGAACUGGCCUCAACAGUUUGCUGUGGCAGAGAAUUCCACAGAUUCACCACUCUCUGUGUGAAG